AGCUUGCAGGCGGAUCGUGAACACUGCAUCCUGCUGAGGUAACGGGAGCGAGCCCGCAGCCACACGCAACAAGCAGAGCUCCUCUGAACGAUGGCUUCAUUGGCAACCUUUGUGGCGUUGUCCAUCUUCACUUUAGGGUUUUUCCAUGUUGAAGGAGCACAAGACACCCUGACUGCCGAGGAUGCUUCCUUUUGUCGUGGUGGACUUGAGGUGAUCUAUCCAAAGCUGGACGUCAGAGAAUGCCUCAUAGUCCCAAAGGAGCGGAAACUCAGAGAGAAACUCAGCACAGCCUGGAAAGCCCCACAGGUUUACUACUCUGAAGCAAAGGAGAAAAAGACAUACGUCCUGACGAUGGUUGAUCCUGACGCUCCGAAACGCUCCAGCUCAACAUCUGUCUACUGGAGGCACUGGCUGGUGGUAAAUAUUCAGGGACGUGCACUCUGGAGUGGAUUUAUACAAGGAACAACCCUCACUGAUUAUCAUCCUCCCACUCCGCCGCAGACAUCCGGACUUCACCGCUACCAGUUCAUGCUGUUUGAACAACCUCCAAAUACCCAAGUGUCACUCACCCAUAAGGAGUCAUCCCGCGGUAAAUGGGAUUUGCAGGCCUUCAUCACAAGGUCUGGUCUGGGAAAGCCUGUGGCCACUGUGCAGUUCCUCACUCAGAACUACAAUGACUGAGGGAUCCUGAGCUGCCUGAAGUGAAAGAGGAAGCUGCAAAACACAAUAAUAUGUAUUAAAAAAAAAAACAUGCAUUCUCGCUUCUCAUUC